AUGGGUUCCGAGGGCUUUCUUGGACUUGGUUUAAAUGAAGAAGAUGAGAAACUGCUAAAGCAGUUAUUGAAGUGUGAUUGCGGAAUGAAAACAAUACUAGCCUUUGUUAGUUCAAGGUUGUUUAGGCCACUGACUUCUUGGGAAAUCAAGAUACUUCGCAAUCAAGUUUUCCCUGGUUCCAAGAAACUUUCGGACGUACUGGAUGAAAUACGUAAAGAUUCUAUUGUGUUCGUGGAGCAGUGUGACGGUGAGAUUACUCAAGUCUCUUUGUCACACUAUGAGCAGAUCGAGUUAUAUAAGAGGUUCCCAGAAGUUCUUAGUUUCAGUGUCACCUACAACGCUUGUCUCGUUGGGUUUACUAUUUUCCAGGUAGCUGUAACAGAUGGUCUUCUAUGUACAAGACCCAUCAUGUUUUCAUUACAUUCCACAGAACAAACAGAAGAUCUGUGCGUUUUGCUAAAGCAUUUCCGUGAAAUUUUUAAGGAUGUUAGCUCAACCCUAACAGUAGCUGUACAUUGCCCAGUUUCUAAACCGGAGUUGGUGCAGGAAUUCUUUCCAACCUCAAGAGUUGUUUUAAGUUCGUCAUACGUUAGAAAGGUCUUUAAGAGAAAGGUAUUAUAUAUUCUCCUUCUUUAA